AUGGAGUUCUUUCGAAAGCCGGCAUCUGGAGGUGACUGAAUUAUUAUAGAAUUAUGCUGUAGGCUGAUAAUUUUUACAACCCCACUUAAUAAAUAUUUUCAAAACAAAAAAACGCGAUUUGGUUACUUCUACGCACAAAUUAAACAUUUCAAACCACAUCCCACUAUUCUCGUUGUUGUUGUUGGUUAUUUGCUGUUUGGACCAAAGGGUGUGGAGUGGAACGCCAUGGUGCGUGCCCGACCGCACCAUCCACCUGCGUCCCUACCUCCGUUCUUCUUAAUUCUGUUUUGACACCGGAUGCAGGCAGGGGAGGAGGGGAGUGCGGUAGAUGCUGUGCAAGUCCACUGCUACAAUAAACUAAUUCACGCAUAGGUCGCUCUCAGCGAGACCCGGUUCUCAAACAAGGCCAACUAAAGGAGGUGGGUGCCGGCUACAUCUUCUUCUGGAGCGUUCGCCCAAAGGCAGAGCGACGGGACACGGGUGUUGCCUUUGCCAUCCGGAACGACAUUGUGGGACGACUGCCCUGUCUGCCACAGGGCAUCAACGAUCUUCUGAUGAGCCUCCGUCUGCCUUUCCGGAGAGGCAAAUUCGUCACCAUCAUCAGCGCCUACGCUCCGACGAUGACCAACCCCGACGCCGUCAGAGAAAAAUUAUACGAGGACCUGCACGCCCUCCUGGCGACUGUGCCGAAGGCGGAUAAGUUGAUUGGCCUCGAUGAUUUCAACGCCCGCGUCGACGCAGACCAUGCUGUCCGGAGCGGAGUGUUCAGUCCCCAAGAUCUCAACGGUUCUAAUGACAAUGGCUUGCUCCUCCUACAAACCUGCGCAGAACACCGACUCAUCCUGACGAACACCUUCUUUCGCCUCCCGGUGCCAAUGAUGGCCACCUGGAUGCAUCCGCGGUCGCGUCAGUGGCACCUGCUGGACUAUGUCCCCGUCCAGAGGCGAGACCAGCGGGACGUGCUAAUGACAAAGGCGAUUCCGGGUGUUACGGGUGGACCGACCAUUGCCUCAUCACCUUCGAGAUGCCGUUUCGUCAACAGCUUCGGAGGAGACCUCAAGGUAUGCGACCCCCAGGUAAGCUGAAUAUUGCUCUGUUCUCUUUUCCUGCUAACCAUCUGUACUUCAAUAAUGAGCUGGCUCAGCGGAUAGCCAACAAUCAACUAGUCACCGCAGUCGCCGUCAUCGAGGAGAACGCCUCCGUAGAAAACUGACAGUGUCAACUGCGGGACACAGUACGGUCGACGGCACUGGCUGCCCUCGGUUGCACACGCCGCAAACACCAGAACUGGUUCGAAGACAACGACGCCGCCAUCAGCAACCUGCUCUCCGAAAAGAAUUGCUUGUACAAAGCCCACGUCACUCGCCUCACUGACGACAACAAAACAGCCUUCCACUGCAGUCGCCGCCUUGUGCUACAAUGGCUGAGCGAGAUGAAGGACACCUGGACGGCUCGCAAGGCCGAGGAGAUUCAAGGAUGCACAGACCGCCACAAAUAG